AUGGAAACAUUAGAAAAUAAUAAGAUGUUAUCUUCAUCUUCAUCUUCAUCUUCAUCUCCAUCAUCUUUACCAAUAGAUGAAAGAACAAAACAAAUAAGUGAAGCAUUUCAAUUGAUUGUUGGAGUAUUUAAAGAAUGUAUUACUAGAAUCGAUGAUGGUAGUGCAAAGGAUGUGAUUGAUCUUUUCAAAGGUUAUGUACCAGAUGAAAAGUAUGCAACCCUAAAGGAAGAGUACAACAGAGAAAGGUUAGAGAUGGAGAAUAGACAAGCGGUCAAUCAACAGAUGGCCGAGCACAGUUUUGAGAAUUUUCUAACUUCAAAUGUGGUGGCUGCCAAGCUUACCAAGAUGGUAGCUCGUAAGAUUCCAAGUCAAGUACCACCUUUUUUGGGAUUAACAGGUAAUCAAGCUGCAUCAUAUGCAACACCUGCUGCAUCUAGAGAGUCUGCUGCCAACAAUAGCGGUAGCCAUGGUGGACAAAAAAAGAGACACCACCACGAAAAGGAUGUAUUUGGUAUGAAUUGGAACUCCAUCAUCAAGAUGGCUUCAACUCUUUCACUCGAUCAAGUAAAGUCAAUGCUCAAUAUGUUGGUCAUGGUCAUUAGUCACAUGCCAAUCCCUGUCAUUCUUCGUGAAUUCCAAAAAUACAGAAUCCUCAUCUCUGUCUUUUUCGAUCUCAUCACUGCCAUUGUCAAAUUGGAUCCUCGUUACCUCGCCACUUCAAUCGUUGUUUCUGUUCUUUCUGUAAUGUCUUUUAUGAACAAAAAAGAUAAGAAUUUAAAUGCUGCAUUAAAUGUAGCAAAAUAUUUCCAUGGAGUUGGAGCUAAAAAGAAAUUUGCAUUAUUUAGAUUAUCAACAUUGGUUUUAAAUCUUUCAUAUCUUUUUAAAAUUAUUAAUCCACCUCCAAUUACUCCAAGUGAUUUAUAUUCUUUAGGUAAAGCUUAUUUAACUUCAAAACUUUAA